GACAAUGUUGACAGUUCAUUGGUUGAAUUCCGUCUUAUGUUUUGUGAGGUUAUAUUUAUAUAAUGUAAAAUAAAUACAAAAAAUUCCAAUAUUCAAGAAUAAAGGCUUUCUAAGCUCCUAAGGAUGUAAUACUCCAACAGGCAAUAUACUAGAUAAUUGCGAAACCUGUCUAGGUCCUUUUUUAUUUGCCGAAUACCGAAAAGAACACUAUGGCUGCGACUGCACAAAGGGCGUUCACCCAGAAGUUAUCAAAACAACAUGCAGCUGAUGUUAGAAGGAACAUUGCAUACAGCAAAAGUGGACUUGUAUCACCUGCUUCCACCACGAGCUGGACAAAUGACGUAGCAGAACCAUUAGAUUUUGAGGAAUUUCUCAGUGGGUACCAAAACUUGAUUGACAGAGAUCCACUAAGGUCUAUUUUAGACAUCCCUGCUGGAGAUGUUGAGGUUGAAGUUAUUGAAAGACCUAUAAGAACACUGCAGCUAGUUGUUCCUGAAGAAAAUUUUGAAUCUCUUCCUCCACACGUUCAGACCUGUGUUGAAUGCUACAAGUCAAACUGGAAAGUGGUCAGAUAUAAUCAUAGAUCUUUUAGUAGCAGCGUGUCGAGCCGUAUCAAUUUGUCUAAAGUUGUACCACCUGCAUUGAAGCAGGAGUUUGAGGUAGACUUGCAAGGUGCACCCUCUGAGAUCGGUAGCGAAUUAGACUUGACAUCGCAAGGCAGCAGCAGACAGAGUGUAAUCUCAAUCUCAUCGGUCUCAUCAUGCGGCGAUACUCUCACUCCAAGAAACUCAUGGGCCUCGUUGGAUCUCCGCCAUUCGGCCGGGGAUCCGCUUAUUCCCGAGAUAUUAGAGCACGCAGCCUCAGAAACUCUGGAUCAGCUGAACGAGUCCAGGAGACAGACCGAAAGACAGGAGGCUUUGUUCUCUCUGACAAAUAGCAGCGACGUUCAUUAUGACGUUGGCGAAUCCAUAGAGAAAAGGCUACCGGCCACGCCGCCGUACGAACAUCUGGGGCAUAGGGUCUUGGUGAAGUGUCAGCAGCUCACCAUGGAGGUUGAAAUAGAACCUCUUUUCGCUUCGAUGGCUCUGUAUGAUUGCAAGGAACGCAAGAAAAUAUCAGAGACAUUUUACUUCGACUUAAACCCUGAAGGACUGAAACGGAUGUUAGGGGACCACAUUCCAUAUGCUGACGUUAGUACUACGGCCAGAGGUUGUAUUUUCAAUAUAACCCAUCCGUCUCCAGAUAUCUUCAUUGUCAUUCGAUUGGAAAAAGUGCUUCAAGGCGAUCUGAGUGAAUGUGUUGAGCCGUACCUCAAAGAAGAAAAGAAUCGUGAUAAACUGAAAUCAGUUGCAGUGUCCGUAUGUGAACGACUUGGAAAAUACAGACAAGCUUUCGCUUGGACUGCUGUAAAUCUAUUUAACGUCAUAAAUGGAGGAAAUCUCCUUGAGAAAGACUCAGAUAGAGAUUAUGGAAGUGGAUCAAAUACAAACAGCUUAGAUCGUAAAUCUUCAAGCGGACUAGAGAACCUUCGUCGCAAAGCAAGUGACAUGGGCACUUUAACCAGAAGGGGCUCUCUGGAACGACAGAAUAAGCGUAGAUCCUGGUCUCCGGACCACUUGGCUGUGGGUCUUGAUACUUUCAGACCUAUCACGCUCACUAUGUCUUCGUUUUUCAAACAGGAAUGUGAUAAACUAAAAGACGACGAUUUGUACAAGUAUCUUCAGGAGCUGAAACGAUCGACAUUGGUGAUCAAGAAGCUCAAAUGCAUUCCAGCGACCUUGAAGUUGGAAAUAUCUCCGUGUCCGCCUGAAGUGAAAAACUGUCUCACCACUGAAUUAGCUAAGGUGCGACCUUAUCCGGAUGAAAAAUGCAGACCAAUAAAGGAAAUAUUGGAGUUUCCGGUGAAAGAAAUUUUAACUCCGCAUUAUACGUACAGGAAUCUGUUAUUUGUCAGUCUUAAGGAGUUAAAUUUCUGUAAUAGAACUGGAUCAGCAAGAAACUUGGCCGUGAAAAUUCAGGUCAUGGCGGGAGAAGAGGAAAAAUACGCUAUUUAUAGCAUCUUUGGAAAGUCACACUGUCCAGAAAUGACUAAUGAUGCUUACACGGCAGUAACUUAUCAUUGCAAGAAUCCGUAUUUCUACGACGAAGUAAAAAUUAAACUACCAGCUGCACUUGGGGAUCAUCAUCAUUUGCUGUUUACCUUUUAUCAUAUUUCCUGUCAGAGGAAGAUUGACCAGAACACUGUCGACACACCCGUUGGAUAUACUUGGUUUCCACUUCUACGUGACGGUCGCUUAGUGUCUGGAGAAUUCUGCUUACCCGUAAUGCUGGACCCACCACCACCUAACUACAGCUACAUUCCUCCGGACGUCUGUUUGCCAGGAACAAAGUGGUUGGACAAUCACAAAGGACUUUUCACGGUUACCUUGGACACCGCCUCUUCUGUUCAUACACACGACCCUCCUGUCGAGAGGUUUUUCACCGCUUACGAUUUCGUACACACUGGCAUCAUACCUGCCAGGUUAGGUGAGGUCGGGUCCGAGAACGAAUUAAGAAUGGCAAUGUUGGGAUUAUCAGGAGCCAAGCCCGAGACCAUUGUAAAGUUUUUACCUGUGAUAUUCGACAAUAUAUUGGAGCUUCUAGUUCAACCACCACGAAUGUCCGGUCAGACAGUGAAUAUCGGGCAUACAUGCUUUGAAGCAUUGUGUUAUCUCCUGGACAAACUUUCUAACCAUCCAGAACUGACCGUGGAUCAGCAUCAUCGGAACAACUUGCUUGCUACAUACAUCCAAUACCAAUGCAAUAUGCCUCACCCAUUAUAUAACCAAUCUUCGUUGAGUAUGGAAACUUCUAGCAGCACUUUGACUAGAAGUACUUCAAAUCCAGACUUUGAAGUUGCACAGGUUCAGUAUUCUAAAGGAUUGGACCGAGCGGCCAGCAUGAGAGUACCAAAUGCUGAACUGAUAAGCCCAACAUACUCGACAUGCCAAAGAAUCGUCCAUAAGGAGAUAGCGUUGCAGUGGGUUGUUUCUAGUGGAAGAUCUAAAGAGCUAGCCAUGCAGAAUGCUUGGUUCUUCUUUGAUCUCAUCAUUAAAAGUAUGGUAGACCAUUUGGCGUACUCAAGAUGCUUGGAUGCACCAAGAAAAGUACGUUUCUCUGAACAAUUCCUGGAUGAUAUCUCUACCUUGGUUCAUACGAUAACAGCAGACAUCAUCUCGCACUCCAGCGGAGAAACUCGCAAGGCGCACAAACUCAACGCUGCUUUAGCCUUUUUCCUUUUUGAUCUGUUAAGUGUAGCCGAUAGAGGUUGGGUAUUCCAGUUGUUGAGAUCGUACAAUAAGCAGCUGCAGGCCAAAAUCAGCUCUAUACAAGAUUCAGUGUUGGUGGAACUGAAGCUGGAGUUUGCAAGGAUAAUCUGCAGCCAUGAGCACUACGUAGCCCUGAACCUGCCGUUCGCCUCUCCAUUUAUGUCGACAAGCGCGAACGUAUCGCCUAGUCCGAGCGUAACGAGUUCAACCAGUCAGAACUCGUUCAUAUCAGGACCACCUGCCAGUCAAGAGAGGGCCAGCACUUUCGCCGAGCUCAGUCCCGAGUACAGACAGCAUCAUUAUUUAGCGGGCAUCGUACUUACCGAUUUGGCGACGGUGCUUUUAGAAAUGCAUUUUAGGCAAACCUCUCUCCACAGUAAAGCAGUGGAUACAGUUAAGUUUCUCCUUUCAUGGCAUGACAGCGAUCCCAGAUACAGUAGUCCAGAAGCGAAGCAGCGCGUGGCUGCAUUAUACAUGCCCCUACUUUCGAUAGCAAUGGAUGUUUUGCCUAUUUUGCAUCAUUUUCAAGCAGAUAAGACCCAGUACAAUAACAGCGAUGAGAUGUCACCCAGUAACAUCAACCAAACUGUGGCCAUGGCUAUUGCUGGCAAACUGCCUCCAUCACAGACUGAUGGUUUUCCAGCGGUAAGAGAUACACAAUCUCGUAAAAGCGGUAUUUCUGCCGACGUGACCCGCAGCAUUCUGACAUGCGUGCUAUGGGUAUUAAAGAAUGUGGAACGCGAAGGACUAUCACAGUGGUUGAACGAGCUACCUUCAUCUCGAUUGGCAACUCUUCUACAUUUGCUAGACGCAUGCGCAAGUUGUUUCGAGUACAAGCCGAGGCGGAGGGCUCCACCACCAACAGGGUAUGCUCACGCUCAGGGCGCGCAAGAUAUGAGAGCCAGACUGGAAGAUGUCAUUUUGGGACAGGGCUCUGCUAGAGAAAUGAUGCAGCGCAGAAAAGGUGGAAUAUCUCAAGCGCCUUCAGAAAAGGUGAGAUGGAAGAAAGAACAGAUGCUUUACAAACCCAGUCAGGAUUUGUCGGAUCGUCCGAAAGACGAUCUCAUCAACGACAUCCACCUAGAAGGUCACUUCGCCACUGAAGCCUCUUUCAUCAUCUUGGAUACUUUGGAGCGAUGUGUCGCAACUAUUUCACAAUGGGAUUCGCAACAGCAUUUGGUCGGCUUAGCGUUGAGUGUUCUCCUGCAUGCUUUAGGCAAGAAUCAAAGCACUACAGUGUUGCCGCACAUGUUCAGUUCGCAACGUAGUUUGGUUUAUAAGUUCCACAGUGCUCUAUUCGAUGAAGAAAGUACACACUGCGCUGAUCUGUGUUUGCUGUUAUUGAAGCAUUGCGGAUCACAAAUAGCAUCUGUUCGAUCACAGUCGGCAGCAUCUUUAUACCUUCUCAUGAGACAAACAUUCCAAAUUGGCAAUAAUUUCGCUAGAGUUAAAAUGCAAGUGACAAUGUCUCUCAGCAGCUUAGUGGGUACUUCAGCGUCGUUCAGUGACGAUUCUUUACGACGAUCACUGAAAACUAUACUCGAAUAUGGCGAAAGAGACACUGAACUACAAGAUACUACUUUUCCUGAACAAGUGAGAGAUCUAGUGUUCAAUCUGCACAUGAUUUUAUCUGAUACAGUGAAAAUGAAGGAAUUCCAAGAGGAUCCUGAGAUGUUAUUGGAUCUUAUGUAUCGUAUAGCGAAAGGGUACCAAAACUCGCCAGAUUUGAGACUAACCUGGCUAGAAAAUAUGGCUCAGAAGCAUAUGGAACGCGGUAAUCAUACCGAGGCUGGAAUGUGCCUAGUUCAUUCAGCUGCUUUGGUAGCUGAAUAUUUGGUCAUGCUAGAGUCUUUACCCCACUUACCAACAGGUGCAGCAGCUUUAGAAAGGGUAAGUCCCAAUGUACUGGAGGAGAGCGCAGUUUCAGAUGACGUGUUAAGUCCGGAAAGGGAAGGUGGCUGUUUGGGCUCCCAUUUCACAGAAGCUGGACUUCUAGGCUUGCUAGAACAAGCAGCUAGCAGCUUCCAAGCAGCUGCCAUGUAUGAACCGAUGAACGACAUUUAUAGAGUACUGAUACCUAUCGCUGAGAAUAAUAGGGACUUCAAGAAGCUGGCUAACAUACACAGCAAACUGCAUGAAGCCUACACUAGGAUAGAUCAGCUCUCAGGAAAAAGAAUGUUUGGCACGUAUUUUAGGGUUGGAUUCUAUGGUUCGAAAUUCGGAGACUUGGACAAAGAAGAGUUUAUAUACAAAGAACCCACACUUACUAAGUUGCCUGAGAUAUUCAGCAGAUUAGAGAAUUUCUAUGCUGAACGAUUUGGCUCCGAGAAUGUGAUAAUAAUAAAGGAUUCAAAUACGGUGGAUAUAUCGUCCUUGGACCCGGAGAAAGCAUACAUACAAAUCACGUAUGUGGAACCGUAUUUCGAACCCUACGAGCUAAGAUAUAGGCAGACACAUUUUGACAAAAAUUUCAACAUAAAACGGUUUGUCUACGCUACCCCUUUCACAAUGACAGGAAAGGCUCAUGGCGAAUUGAAAGAACAAUAUAAACGUAAAACUGUUCUUACCACAGCCGUCCAUUUUCCGUAUGUGAAAACUAGAAUACAAGUCGUUGCUAGGUCACAAAUUGUUUUGACUCCAAUUGAGGUCGCUAUCGAGGAUAUACAAAAGAAAACUGCCGAGCUAGCGGCAGCUACACAACAAGAACCGCCUGAUCCAAAGAUAUUGCAAAUGGUACUCCAGGGUUGUAUAGGCACAACUGUGAAUCAAGGGCCGCUAGAAAUGGCUGUGACAUUCUUACCUAGCAAUGCAAAGGGGUACUCUAGGCUGCAAAACAAACUCCGGCUGUGUUUCAAGGAUUUUUCGAAAAAAUGUCAUGAUGCUUUGAAGAAGAACAGAAACUUAAUAGGUCCAGACCAAAGAGACUACCAAAGAGAAUUGGACAGGAACUACAAAAAGUUCAUUGACAAGCUUCAACCUUUAGUGAACCCGCAGACAGUUACUAUUAUCAAUAAUAGUCCCCAUACAAGUGCACAACUCGCUCGCUGAAGUUGACAUAACUUAAUAUCUGCAACUUUUACAGCUUGAAGUAUUUCCUAGAUUUAAGAUUUAAACCCCAUUGUGUAUUAUUUAUUUAUAGUGCUUUACCUCCAAAGGAACCUGCAUUUCAGAAUGUUUUUAUAUUUUAUUUAUAUUAAUAUGGUCCGAUUUAUCGGUCAGAUGAAACAAUGUGAACGACUUUUAGGCAUGGAAUUCAUUAUGGACUUAUGAACAUUUGGAAGUGUGUGAUAAUCCGUAACUAUAUUAUAAAUCGCCGUAUCAUCGAUAACUUAAUGGAAUAAAUUUGAGACUGUGUAGAUCUGAUUAUAUUAAAUAAAGAUCUUAAUCUUACA